AUGGCAAAAGAAAUCUCGAUGAAGCGCCAAAAGCGCGAGGAUUAUCGCCGCAAGAUGCAGGACGUGCAAGAGGACGACGUUGCUAAUGUCAAGAUGCCGCAGAAGAAAUUCUUCCGACAGCGCGCGCACGCAAAUCCCUUCUCUGAUCACCGACUAGACUACCCUUUGAGCCCGGCGCAUAUGGACUGGGCGUCGCAUUACCCUACAUUUGUUGAUCCAGACCCGUUGAAAAAAAAUCUUAAUGGUGCACGCAAGCUCGUUAAGGAUGUCGAGGUCGUUGAUAUUGGAUGUGGAUUUGGCGGGUUGUUAGUCGGGCUAGCGCCUCUAUUGCCAGACACCCUGAUGGUUGGUAUGGAAAUUCGCGUAUCCGUGCUCGAAUAUGUUCGCUCUCGUAUCCAAGUACUGCGUCUGAAGCAACAAGCCUUGAAGGGCACAGCUACACCUCAAGAAUCAACGGCAGUGACAGAAUCAAGUAACACAAACGAAGCCUCGGAAGCUCCAGAAGAAGAUGUCGGCACAACUACUAGUAUCGUGCCUGGAAACUACGAGAAUAUCACAGGCAUCCGAGCCAACACGAUGAAAUUCUUGCCCAACUUCUUCGACCACCACCAACUUUCCAAGAUUUUUGUCUGCUUCCCCGACCCACACUUUAAGGUCCGUAAGCACAAGGCGCGCAUCAUUUCUGAGACUUUGAAUGCGGAGUAUGCCUAUGUACUGCGUCCUGGUGGCUUGUUGUAUACCAUUACCGAUGUCGAGGAGUAUCACCACUGGGUUCUACGCCAUUUUCUUGUCGGCGAGGAGGAGGAGGCUGUUGCGGGAAUCAAGGAUCUUUGGGAGCGCGUCUCGGACGAAGAGUUGGAGACUGAUCCGUGUGUGCGGGUCAUGAAGUUUGAGACGGAGGAGUCGAAGAAGGUGACUCGAAACAACGGUAAUAAGUAUGUGGCAGUAUUCAGGAGAAAGGCUGAUCCAGAAUGGCCUGCGUAA